UUCAUAAUCUAAAUCAUGGAUUUCCACGUUCUUUAUUUUUCACUGUAAAGAAAAAAGAAUUACACAUUGUCUCAAGUUAAUUCACUCGCUAUUGAUAUUUCUACUCAAGCAAUAUUUUAUUUCAAAAAUGGCAACGAGAAGUCUAACCGAAGUGUUUAUUUUGAUGAGAAAUAACGCCCUCCAAAGCAGACACAUUUUCUCGGAACAGACUGCUGAUGAUCGUACAUCACUUAUGUCCAGUGCUCAUCUGGAUCCAGAGAUGGGAAUGGCUUCUGCAAGAUCAGGAGCUUUACCCCCUGAGUGGAUUGACAAGCUGACAGAAAUUCAGUUUGAAUUCACUAAGAUAAAAGAGAAAAUGAAAGAAUUAUCAUCAUUACAUGACAAACACUUGAAUCGUCCAACCAUGGAUGACAGUGUUGAUGAAGAACAUGAGAUUGAGAUAAGAACUCAACAGAUUACGCAGAUGUUUUCCCACUGCCAGCGACUAGUGCAGCAAAUAAACAAUCAAAGUCACAGAGGUUCAGGUCAUGAACAAAAACUCACACAAAAUAUAGUUGCCUCUGUGGCAAGGACUAUGCAAGAGAUGUCCACUAAUUUUAGAAAAAGUCAAUCUGCAUAUUUAAGAAAAAUCAAAAGUAGAGAGGAGAGAUCUCAACAGUAUUUUGGUACACAUCUAAACUCAGAUUCCAAUCUUCUUGGGGAUGGGAUAGGUGGUGAUCAAGAUAUUGUUUAUGAUAAGGGUUUUACAACUGUACAGAUGCAGAUGGUGGAGGACAACACAGAAUUUGUUCAGCAGAGAGAGAAAGAGGUGGCAUCCAUUGUACGCUCCAUUACAGAACUUAAUGAAAUUUUUAAAGAUUUAGCCUCUAUGAUUGUUGAUCAGGGCACAAUUUUAGAUCGAAUUGAUUACAACAUUGAUAAUGCAGCCACACAAACAGAAAAAGGCCUUGUACAGUUGCAGAAAGCAGAGAAGUAUCAGAAAAAGAACAGAAAAAUGAUGUUUAUAUUGAUAUUAGCUGCUGUGAUAGUCAUUCUUCUCAUUAUAUUUAUUGCAGUUAAGAGCUAGCAUUAGAAAAAGUAUGUUUAUAUUUAGCUUUUCCACCUGAGAUUAGAAGCAUUUGUGUAAAAUAUUCCACUAUGACAUUUGUAAACACAGCCUUUGAACAAAGUCAUGUAAAUUCUGUUUUCACCUCAAGGUAUUGCUUAUAAUGUACUGGUGACUAUCCAGAUGGACUAAAGUGGGGGUUAUCAGUGAGGACUUAAUCCAGGAAAGGAAAUAAAUGUCAGUGUUAAAAUUUGCCAAAUAACUCAAGAACUGCGUUCAACAUUUGUCUGCAACUUCAAGCCACCAGAAACAAGUUCAUUGUAAUUUUUUUUUAAACAAAAUGUCACUUGUUUUAAUCAGUAAAAUCAUAAGUUGAAAACUAGAUAUCAAUUUCAAUAGCAUUCCACUUGUUUCAAUUCCUGCAACAUUCCGUCAUGCCAUGUUGACCGUCAUGUUACCUGUGAGGCUUAGUUUUUGAAACAAUGAUUUAACUUGCUUGAAAUUAUUUACAAAAAAUAGCUUCACUUUAGUUAGUUAACUUGCUCACAAUUUUUUUCAAACAAAAUACAAAAAAGCAAGUGUAAGUACUAAAGUCUGAUACAUAAUUGUGGCAUUAAUCUGUUUUUUUUUUCAGCCUGCCCUCAUAGGCAAAGAGUAGAUAAAAUAUAACUUAUUAUUUUUAAAAGCAUUUUAUACAAUUUCCACCACAUAAUAUUUCUUAUAGACAUUUACCAAUUUUCCCCUCAUCACUAUGAUCUUAAAGUAAGUUAAAGACAAGAAUCAUCUAGGCAUGUUUUUGUUGUGUGCAAAUACAAAGUUAAAAUUUCUCAUUUUAAAAGAUGUAUGUGAACAAAAAUCUCAUAAUUUUCUAAUUCAUACUCUCUUGGUUUUUUUCUCUCUUGAUAAUAGGCAUUUCUAGGACUAAUUAUUUUACUUGAAACAUUAUUCUGUUUGGUCAUAGGUCUAAAAAUAUGUUUCUAAUUGCAGAAAAAUUUGCAUAUGCUCGUUAAAAAAAAUUCUUAUGAAAAACUUAAACUUUGUGUGUCAGCUUUUGGUUCAAGUUCCAUGAAUUAUUGUAUCUACCACCAGAGAUUGUGUACCUGCAUGUUUGUUUGACACAGAUUGUGUACCUGUGUCCGUUUUUGGUUUCAAGUUCCAUGAAUUGUUAUCACAACAUAUUGCAUGCAGUAUUAUUCUUUUUUUGAUGAGCUGGUCUUAUCAUUUUUAUGAUUUAUUUUUACCUUUCUGCUAAGUUCAUCUUGAUUU